AUGAGAAGUCCCAUGGGCCUGUUGAUAAUAUGUUGUGCUGUGAAAGGAGCGUGGGUUUGCGAGCGAGCGGUGUCGUGUUAUCUGCGAGAUAUAUAUACACGUAUAUAUCGUCCGGUACAAUCCAGAAUAACUGUGGUCGUUAAACUGGAACAAGGAUCAACUUGCAGACUGCAAGGAUGGGCGAGGAGGGAGGCCCAACAAUGGGGAGAGGGAGGAGGGGGAGACCGAGGGUUGGACAUCUACCAUCACACCAAUUUCUAUCAUUCUGACAAGAAUAAGAUGCAGCGGCCCUUGCAACAGCGGACGAGAGACAAUUUCCAGACAGAUGCAUUGCGACCCGCCGCACUUCCAUCAGCUACGCUACUGCGUCCCAGGGCAGCCGAGGAGUCGACAAUAGAGCAGACGUCAGAGGAGUAUCUCGAGACCAUGUACGAGGAGUGGAACAAAAAGGUCGACGUCGAGCUAGAGACCCUGGUGGAUGGCAUGGCAGAGCUCGUCAACAUCGCUUCUAUCGGCAACAAGGACAAGUUUCGUAUCGCGCAGGAAGCCUUUGAGACCCAGUGUCGAACGGAGUCCAUGCUCUUGUUAUUGUUGUCGGACGAGGAAGAGAUCGCCAAGAGGCGCGACCUCGCUGCAGAGGGCUUUAAGCAGAGGGCCGAAACCUCUAUGCAGGAUGCAGCAGAGGCACUGGAUAUUCUACUGAACGGAUCAUCCAAAGCUAACGCGACUGAUAUGGAGACGGAAGCGGUUUUCACUGACAUUCCAGCUCACAAGUGGACGGAGGCCACGCCUCCUUCCUCUUGUUCCACUUUCUUCCCUUCAACCCUCCUCGUUACUCAAGACACGGCCCUUGUGGGACUAUGCUCUUGGGAACCCCAAAACUAG